GCCGAUGCAGGGCCCAUAGCAUUUGUGAGCUUACCAGCCUUCACCCCAAAUCUUGACAAACUCCCCUCUUCCCAAUUCGUAUUCGAUUCGUCCGAACUUUGAACUAACUAUCUCUCUGCAAAGUAAGCAGUAGAAUUGAACGAAAACUUCCAGAGAGAUGCGGGGCCCAAACCCAAGUUCAAUUACCGGUACUCUCAUUUAGCACGUGAUUAUUUUCAACCUCAGGCCACGCGGUUGAAGAAGGCUCGUCAAGUUUAUUUCCGUCAGCCGUUCGAGCUUGAGACCCCGUAGAUUCCUCAUUCCUUUUCGGAUUCUCAAUGGCGUCGAGGUCUGUCUUUAGGUCAUUGUGGCGAGCUUCGAAACUACAUCCUCUGCCAACGCGGGCACCUCGAUGUUUCUCCAACUCUACACGCCUCGCAGAAUCCCCAACACAACCCUCAAACCAUGAGAAAACGACUCACUUCGGAUUUGAGACUGUGCCAGAAGCAGAGAAGGAAUCACGAGUGGCUGGAGUCUUCAGCAAUGUUGCAGCCUCGUACGACACCAUGAACGACUUCAUGUCUCUUGGUAUUCACCGAUUAUGGAAAGACCACUUCGUCCGAAGCCUCAACCCCGGCUCCUCCUCGACCGUCGAUUCACCAGGCUGGAAAAUGCUCGACAUUGCAGGCGGCACAGGAGAUAUUGCCUUCCGGCUCCUCGACCACGCAACAGACAUCAACAACUCCCCUAGUUCCACAAUCAUAAUUUCCGAUAUAAACCCAUCCAUGCUUGCCGAAGGCAAGAAACGCUCUCUCGCAACGUCCUACGCCAACUCGCCCCGUCUUUCCUUCCUGGUGGCCAACGCAGAAGAUCUCAAUACCAUAGAAUCAAACAGUGUAGACCUCUACACGGUGGCUUUCGGGAUACGCAAUUUUACAAACAAAGAGAAGGCAUUGAGGGAGGCGUAUAGGGUACUGAAGCCGGGAGGCGUGUUUGCAUGUUUAGAGUUUAGUGGGGUGACGAAUUCGCUUUUUGAUGCGGUGUACAAGAGGUGGAGCUUUAGUGCCAUUCCGUUGAUAGGGCAGCUGGUUGCUGGAGAUAGGGCGAGUUACCAAUAUCUGGUUGAGAGCAUCGAGAAAUUUCCAAAGCAGGAGGAAUUUAGAGAUAUGAUCAAGGAUGCAGGUUUUAUGGUCCCUGGAAAGGGGUGGGAAGACUUGACGGGUGGAAUAGCGGCUAUUCACAAGGGCAUUAAACCCGUUGAGAAGCCGUAA